UAAAUGGCCGUCUACAAAAUUCAUGGAAGGAACAUACAAAUGGCAACGGCGUCGUUUACCGGAGCUAAUUCUAUAUCCCUCAGCUGUAGAUCUGUAUUGUGCCCACGCAGUGAAUCCAGUUGAUCUUCACAAUCUUCCCUUUCGCUCGCUCCUAUACACACACAUGCAGAGAGAGAGAGAGAGAGAGAGAGAGAGUACGGCAAUGGAGUAGUAUUCGGAUGCACAUGGUAUUGGAGAAGAAAGGGGUAAGCGAAUUUCACUUCAACGUUCUCUGUUGCGUUAAUCAAAUCUAAAAGGGUCAUUUUUAUAAUCAUUCAUGUGAAUUAACUCAAAAAUUGGUCAAAUCUACUGUAUAUAUAUAUAUAUUCAUUCUUUGAUUGGUGCAAUUCUUUGAAGUGAUUGAUUCAAAACUAGUUGCAAAAAUUCCCAAUUGCUUCAUGUUGUUAGUUUGGCAAUGGAACCCAGAUCACCUUCAAAAUCUAGACUUCCAAUUAUGGGUUUCAUUUACAAGCACAGAGCAUUGAAAAUUGGCCUGACCCUUUUAAUCAUUCUAUUGUUGUUAUUGGUUGGUGUGUAUGUUAGUUCAAAACCAUGGAAGACUCGAUUUGGAUUGAAAAGAUCAUAUUUUACUGUGGUUGUAGAUUGUGGUAGCACGGGCACACGAGUGAGUGUGUAUGAGUGGAUGAUAAAAAGUGGUUUUAGUGAUAGAGAAUUGCCUAUUUUGAUCAAUGCUUAUCCGGACAAUUCGACUAAUAGUCAUUCAAGGAAAGGCAGUUGUCAGUAUCACUGCAUACAAACCGAACCUGGGUUAGAUAAAUUUGUUGGGAAUUCUUCUGGGGUUAGAACGGCGUUGAAGCCAUUGAUUCUAUGGGCAGAACAAUGGGUUCCUUUUGAAAGGCAUAGGGAUACUCCUAUUUAUGUUCUAGCUACUGCCGGGCUAAGGAGGUUGCCGAGUGAGGAUGCUAGGUGGGUUUUGGAGGAUAUCGAGGCUGUUGUGAAGGAACACGCAUUUAUGUAUAGGAAAAGUUGGAUUAGGGUUUUGAGUGGGAAAGAGGAAGCUUAUUAUGGUUGGGUUGCUUUGAACUAUAAAUUGGGGAUUUUUAACAAUUCCACGAGGUUGCCCACUUUGGGACUUCUUGAUUUAGGGGGUUCCUCGUUACAGGUGGUGGCAGAAAUAGAUGAGUUGAAAGAAGAUGAAUGCUUUCUGAGAUCAAAGAUUGGAUCCCUUGAACAUCUGAUUUUUGCUUCCUCAUGGUCUGCUUUUGGUUUAAAUGAGGCGUUUGAUAGGACAGUUGUUAUGCUCAGUCAUUCGCAGGCACUCAGACAAGGUUCAUGGGGUACAUUUGAAGUCAGUCAUCCUUGUCUGAGUUCCAAUUUUGUGCAAAAUUAUACUUGCAAAGGUUGCUUUGGGCUAAGUCCGUCUGACUCAGAAAGUUUGCAUAGUCAAGUGCAGAGAAAUGAGUUAAAUUCAAUAUUUUUGGUUGGUGAGCCGAAUUGGGAGCGGUGCAAAGUACUCGCAAGGGCUGCUGCCGUUAAUUCAAGUGGUUCAGAUUGGUCAUUGCUAACAGAUGGUUCAAAGUGCGAAGCAAGCUGUGCUUCUUUAAAUGGCAGUAACGUGCUCAAUUUGACAAUGAUCACCCAAUCCAUUCCACGUUUCCACGCUUUAUCUGGAUUUUUUGCUGUUUACACUACACUAAAUUUGAACCCAAGAGCAAAUUUGACAAAGAUUUGGGAAAAAGGCCAGGAGCUAUGUUCAAGAUCAUGGGCUGACCUGAGCAGUACAUCUAAAAGCCAAAAUUAUGCUGCACAAUAUUGUUUCCACGUGCCCUAUAUGGCAUCACUUAUUGAAGAUGCUCUGUGUCUUACUGAUAAGGAGAUAAUUUUUGGCCCUGGAGACGUUUCUUGGACAUUAGGAGCUGCACUGGUAGACGGGGGUUUCUUGUGGCUCGGUUCUUCUAGAGCUCAGACAAACAUUUUAACUUUAAAGAAUAUGGGGGUAAUUUCGUCGACUGUCUUUCUUUUUAUUUUUCUUGUUUUCUUGUUUUUUUUAGUUUAUCGUAGUCAAGUCAAGCUGCCUAUGCCGAGUAAGAAGGUUGUUGCUGUUGGGCCGUCUUUACCAUCUUACAUUUUUCCAAAACGCUGCCCUAACUGAUUUUUGCGGUAGAUGUAAUGUAAGAAACCUAUUUUUUUUUUCCUGUACAGUCAUAGUUUACAUAUUCUUUUUAAGCGGUGAUUGUUAAAAGGAUCAUGUGGGAGUGGUUGAUGAAAAGUUUGAGAAAUUUUAAAACGGUUUUGACAGAGAGAUCAACUCA